UGGCCAACGCAAAUGAUACAGCCACUUUCUCUAUAUGCACAUGCAAAAGAGAUAGGCCAAGCAGAGCAUUAAUUUCUAGAGUUGGCGUUAUUAUUGCCAAUCCAGCUACGCGUUGAAUUCGUGAAGGUUUGCUGAUAACUGAAGUCUGCCGGACUAUCCAAUACCAAGCUGCCGCUCCGUAUGUCUUGUAUGUCUAUGCAUAGUCUUUCAGCUAUAAGACACCCCAAUUUUUUCCACAAAGACUACGACAAGUCCACAAGCAUAGUCUAGCUUUGUGUAAAACCCCUGUAAAUAUCCGUUCCAUGAAAAGCUUUUAUCUAUUACUCCUAGAUAUUUGACUUCCUUUUUUAUCAAAGGAAUUUCUUCACCUUGGAUUCUUCAACUGUCGUUUCCUGGUAAAGGGCACAAUGAUAAGCUUUUGCUGGUUUAUCGAGAGAUUCUCUCCCUUACACCAUGCGCAAAUAGUAUGUAAUGUCACCUGAUACCUUCAUAUAUUAGUUGAAUGGCUGCUGCAAUAUUAACGGAUAUUGCAAUAACAAAAAUUGAGUAAGGUGUAAGGAGAAGAUGUGUAGAUUAGAUUGUGUGAGGAUGAUUGCAAGGCAAUUGCUCAAAUGCAAAGGGGAUUAGUGUGUAAGUUGUAUAUUUUGUAUUAUAGCUACUGUGUAUUAAAAACUAUAUACUAAAAGGGACAAUUAAAAAGUUCAAAAUUUCCUGCUACAAGUUUAGCUGAUGUCACUUAUAGCGAAAACGCUGCUAUGAAUUGCCUAAUUUUGGCUUAAUCAAGCGUUAUCAUAGGUUCUACGCUCGGUGUUUCACGAAAUUAAUGUAUUAGUUGUAUAAAUACAACCAUUAGCACUCUUAGAUUCGUUAUCCAAUAUUAUUGUAUCGUUAUGGUAUCAAUUAUACACCUUUAGCAAGAGGAUUUGGCUUAAUUCUCAGUAUAUUGCAUCACUUUGAUAUUCUCUUGAGGGUGUCAUCAUCUUUCGUUCUCUGGACAUGUCCCAUCCAGUACCGAGUAGCCUCUCAUCUCUCUGUGACGGGAUCCAUGUCUCAAAGCAAUACACCAGGACUGGUCAUACAACAAUUUGCUUUAUCUCCAUCUGCAGAAUAUGUUUUAUGACAUUUACAUUGGAUAAAAAAUUAAUUUCAGUAUUUAUUAAAUAAUCUACAUUGAAUAAAAAAAACAAAUCUCUUCAAAUAAUAAAAGAUCCAACCGAUUAAAAAUAGACAGAUUGAUUACAUCUCAAAAAAACUUUUUUAACCUUUAUCUUGAUCAUUAUUAAGCACUCUUAAUAACUCAUUUUUUAUCAACUACUUCAUUCUUAAUAAUUAUUGACUACCAUGAAGACUUUCUUACUGAUAUUUACAGCAAUCUUUGGAUUAACUCUAGGUUGGUUAAUAAUCUUAACAAUAAAAUUAAUUAACAUAUCAUUUUUAGCUUAUCCAUCGGAUGAUGCCAAAGUCGUUGGUGGAGCUGAUGCCGCUAGAAAUCAAUUUCCGUAUCAAGUCUCUAUGCAAUGGGGACUUUUGGGUAUCUGGCAACACAUUUGUGGUGGCUCAAUAAUCAGCGCAAGAACAGUUUUAACCGCAGCUCAUUGCAUUACGGAGGUUCCAAAUAUUGGUAGUUUUAGGGUUCGAGCUGGAAUUUUGCUUCUUAAUGAUCCAAUAGGAACUUUCCCUGUUAAUAAUGUUAUUGCAACGAUUAUCCAUCCAGAUUAUCAGGGAGGUGUUAAUCCACAUGAUAUCGCUUUAUUACGAUUAGGUUCUGCUUUAAUUUUUGGUACUAAUAUAGCCAUAAUCCCUCUUCCAACACGUGAUGCCAUCCCAACCGGAAACGGUGUUUUAUCUGGAUGGGGGUCGACUUCCAUGACGGAAACACCAAGCAUGCCGAAUCAUAUGCAAUUUGUUAGCACUCCAAUCAUUACUUUAGACGGUAUUUUAAUCAAAUUAUUCCAAAUUUAAGAUAAUUUUUUUUUUUUGAUAGUUUGUAGAAGCCGAUUAAUUGAGUUGUUUGGUAACGCUGAUCCGGUUCAUGAUACCAGCACUUUGUGUAC